AUGCCCCAGCAGAAAAGCAAGAUGUUUCCGCAACCCUGCCAUCCUCUAGCAGACUCUUUGAUUUGCCGCCGUCACCAUGAGAUACCGAAGCUGGCCGGAACGGAGGAGCUCAAAAUCGUGACCAUUGUCCUUACUACGUACCAUAGAGUUGCUGCCGAGUGGAAAGCAAGCAAGAGUGGGCGAAAAUCGACAAUAUUCUCUUGUAAUAAGCUGAAAAGGUCAUUACAUCCGGAACGUAAACUCGAGAAGGGCCAGAGCGGUGUGUGCGCUGGAGGCGAUAUCAAGAUGGGCGGCAACUGGUACCCCAAUCCAAAACCGCCUCGGUGA